GGAGAAAAGCGUGACAGCAAUGAAUUUUGAAGAAGAUUUGAUGCCCAGGCAAUUGCCUGUGGAUGACUGGGAUACCAUUGAAGACUUUGAUCCUAGUGUGCCACCCAGAACACCCCAGGAAUACUUGAAAAGAGUUCAGAUUGAAGCUUCUCGAUGUCCUGAAGUAGUAGUGGCAAAAAUUGACCCAAGAAAGUUGAAACGGAAUCCAACAGUGAAUGUCUCGCUAUCAGGAUGUCAACCUGCCCCUGCAGGAUUUUCUCCCAGUCUCCGUUGGCAGCAGCAACAAGUAGCUAAUUUUUCAGUCCUCCGACAGAGUAUUGCCAAACACCGGGAUCAUUGGAAGGCACAACCUUUGGACAGUAAUGUAAUGUUGCCAGCACCUGAUGAUGAAGAAGGAUGGAAAAAGUUUUGUCUUGGAGAAAAAUUAUACUUUGAUUCAUCUGUAUCACCAAACACUAGUGAGACUGAUAGCCCAGGAAUUGACUAUGUGCAGGUAGGAUUUCCUCCCUUGUUGAGCAUUGUCAGCAGAAUGAGUCAGCCCACUGUAUUUAACACAUUGGAGUAUCUCAUUAACUGGUUUGGAGAUAAAAAAUUAUAUCCAGAAUUAGGCAGAUGGUUGUAUGCACUGUUAGCCUGUAUAGAAAAGCCAUUACUACCCGAGGCCCAUUCACUUAUUCGACAACUGGCUAGAAGAUGCUCUGCAGUUCGUGCUAAACUAGUAAGUUUUUUUUCUACAGGAAAUAUAGUAAAUGCAUGAAAUUUUAAAAUAGCU